CGACGCAUACACAUCAGCAGCACAGCAAGCAAGCGAGCAACAUAAUUUCCGUGAAUGGCGUCUCUUUGACGCUUGUUUCCGUGCUCGCUGGUAAAAGUUUCGAAAUUGUACGCCAAUUUCCAGUGAAAAUCGUGACAAAACUAGCACCAUUCGAUUCGGGACGUGACAGUGCAUCGAGUGAAACAGAGUGGUGGAAUGGAAAGUCGUCGUGCAACAAGGGGUGGCGCUCCGACGGUGAGUUCGUCCGGGGUGGUUCCCGGACCGGCAGAAACCGCCAAGCGAGGACGAAAGUCCACGGUUCGAAAUAGGACACCGUCGCCGCCACCUGCCAGAAAAGCAUCCCCCGGACGCAAAGCGUCCCCAUCGAGGGGCAAGCGGACAUCUCCAACUCGUAAGGCAUCACCAGCCCGGAAAGCGUCGCCAGCAAGGAAGGCUUCUCCAGCUCGCAAAGCAUCCCCGGCGCGAAAAACAUCCCCUGUGAAGAAGAGUUCACCCGGUCGGCCGCCCAAGUCCAACCCCACGAAAGAUACCACCACUACGAAGGUAUCGCCUGAUGAGCCCCGACGAUCGGCACGGAUAAGAAUUUCUGAACAGCGAGAAAAGAGUCCGGUGCUAAAACGCUCGCUGCGAGAUAAACAGUUGUCGAUCAUACUGGACGAUGAGGAAAGCUCCAAGAAGGGAUCACCGGCCAAGAGCACAACGCCCAACACGAGCCAAAGAUCGAUUGUGACCACAACGGGGCGAAGCCGCGCCACCGGAUCGCGUUCGGUCAGUGUGGCGAACGAUUCCCAGGAAUUCUCCGAUCAUGAGGAAAUUGAGUUCCAAAGUUUCCACAAGGAUGACAACGGAUUGAAUCGGGAUAAGGCCUAUGCCAGGAGAAGUGCUUCAAAACAAUUACAUGACCUGCGCGAUUACGGAGGCAAUUGGGGUGCUGCUGCGGUGCUUUUGCUAGUGCCAGCAUUCAUUUUCCUCACGAAUCACUUCUGCUCCGGUGCUGCUCAUCGGGACUGCUCGUUCAAACUCCCUGCCAAUCUGGAUGAAUUCAAAACUCUGUCGACGUACUUCAACCGAGAGGUUGGAGUCAUUUUCCUCCUCUUCACCUGGGGAAUGGCCUUGGUUACCGCACUUCCCGUUGGCAAAGCUGUCAAAAUAGUGGACGAAGUACGCGGCCAGCAAAGCUACACCUUCACCGGAAUGUCCUGCGCCGUCUUCACCGGACUGGCCGUCUUUGUGGCCGAGUACUGCUACAAAUACCCAUUGAUCUCAACUAUCAGCAAAGGCUACAACCAGCUGCUGGUCAUCAGUUUGGCCUAUGCCCUCGUAACCGCCCUAUUGGCGUUCAUCAAGUCCCGUUACGUACCGCAAGUCAACUGGAAUCCCUUCGCCAAAACCGGACGUUUCCUCUCAGACUUCUUCAUCGGACGUGAAAUCAACCCGCUUGCCUUCAACACCCUGAACCUCAAAUUGGUUCACUACCAUAUCUCCGUCGUCCUGGCCCUUCUCUUCAACUCCAUCAUCCUGUACCGCAACCUCCACUUCCCAGCCCUUCCCGUCACCGAAGAACCACUGUCCCUCCUCGAAAAGCUAACCUUCACCUUCAAAAAUCUGGAAUUCGAACCGACCCCGGUCCUCGCCGCCUCCCUCACAAUCCUCUACCUCCUGGACCUGCUCGCCUACGAACACCACCUGACGCACUCAUUCGACCUGCAAAGCGAAGGAUUCGGUGCCCUGCUGCUGCUCCGGUAUGCCAUCUUCCCGUUCACCCUGACGCUGCUGCCCAAGUACGUUGCGGCCCACAAGCUGGCCGGUGUUCCCGGAUGGGCCCUGGCCCUGGUGGCCCUCGUGGCGCUCGUUGGCCUCGUCGUCAAGCGGUCCAGCAAUCGGCUCAAGUACCAGUACCGACUCAAUCCUCUGGGGGAAAAAUUCAUCGAUUUGGAAACCCUGCCCACGUUCCAGGGACGCAGGUUGCUCGUGGCCAAGCUGUGGGGUCGCGUCCGCCAGCCGAACUACGUCGGUGACAUCCUCCAGAACGUGGCUCUGCUCCCGCUGCUGUACUGGCGCUUCGCCUGGCCACCCCUGCUGGCGGUGCUGUUCACCGUUGCCCUGCUGGUGCACCGUGCCGUGCGCGUCAACGAUCGCAACGCGAAAAAGUACAACUCUGCCUGGCAACGCUACUGCUCGACGGUGCGAUACAUGUUGGUGCCUAAGGUUUUCUAAGCGCAUGCAAACCUUUGAGACAAUUGAACAGUGUUUUUCUUUGAUUGUAAAAAGAGUGUUUUUCGUAAUAUACAUUCAACACGUUUGCUACCUUGUUUUAGAUAGCACCAAUAUGGCACGGGCAAAGAAGAUGAGAUAAUAAGCAAAAAAUUUAACCAUAAGACUAAUUUAGCAAAAUCAAACGAUUUUUUUUACGAACGGAUUAAUUAAAGUCAUUUUUUUCACAUUUUUUGAGUUUUACGAAACACUUGACGUACAGAUUUAUACACAUAACGAGCCAUCAUUUAGGCUACUUAGAAGAAUCUACAUCUUGUCUAAUGGUUAAGAUUUGAAAAAAGAAGUAUUAGUUAUAAGAGAGAGUUUGAAACUAUUAUAAGAUCUACUUAUAUAAAAGAUUGCGUUUUUCAAGCAGUUGAAGGCAAUCCUAAGAAUAAACACAUGAUUACUUGUACAAAUCGGAUUUAAGUGAACUACAAAAACGAAAUCUCACUGUGCCCCCAAGGGCAAAAGUGAACAUGACACAGCGAGUGAUCUUUACUUUUUGUCUUUUUCGAAGAGCAUUUUUUUUCUACAAAUUAUUUCUAAGAUACUUAGAUACACACCACUGUACUAUUUGAUUUAUUGUGUUUUCACGACCGGACUUGAAAAUAAUAAAUUGAUCAACAUUCAGCCGAAAACUCAGUCAGUCGCGUGGCAGUGCAGCACGAGAGCCAUUCAAUGAAACAAAAGGAGAUUCUGUUCUUGAUAGGAUUGGAAAUAGCGAUUGAAUUAAUUUCUAUUAGACCUGCUCGCUCACUGUGUACAGAUGAUAGCUACAUUUCGUCGUAUUUUUUUUCUUCGUAUUGCGUAUAGUUUUGAUUCUCUUAAAGUCGACGAAAAUCGUUAAGCUCUAAAUGUGUACUAAUGUUUAAGUUGAUGCUUUUAUAUGUAGUUUUUAAGUUCGUGCUUCUAGGAUCCGGUUAAGCUCACUUCUUUUAGGAAUAAAGAUUUUAGAACACAAAA